CUCGUCCCGCUCCUCCGCCCCGUGCCGCCCCAGUCAUGUCCCACCCGGAGCGAUGGGGAAGCUCGAGGACAACGAGAGGGUGAUCCUCAACGUGGGGGGCACGCGGCACGAGACCUACCGCAGCACCCUGAAGACCCUGCCGGGCACCCGCCUGGCCCUGCUCGCCGCCGAGUCGCAGGGCGAGUCCCCGGGCAACGAGGAGCCGCCGCCGCCUCCUCUUCCCAACGCGGCCCCGCCGGCGGGCGGCUGCCCCGAACCCGGCAGCGGCUGCAGCCCGCGAGGCGGCGGCGGGGCCAGCGAGUUCUUCUUCGACCGCCACCCGGGGGUCUUCGCUUAUGUGCUCAACUACUACCGCACCGGCAAGCUGCACUGCCCCGCCGACGUGUGCGGGCCGCUCUUCGAGGAGGAGCUGGCCUUCUGGGGCAUCGACGAGACCGACGUGGAGCCCUGCUGCUGGAUGACCUACCGGCAGCACCGCGACGCCGAGGAAGCGCUCGACAUCUUCGAGGCGCCCGACCUGCUGACGGGCGAGCCGCCCCCCGACGGCGACGACGACGAUAUGGCAGCCAAGCGACUGGGCAUCGAGGACGUGGCGGCGGCCGCCGAGGGCAAGGGUGGGCGAUGGAGGCGGCUGCAGCCCCGAGUCUGGGCGCUCUUCGAGGACCCCUACUCCUCCCGGGCCGCCAGGUUCAUCGCCUUUGCCUCCUUAUUCUUCAUCCUAGUUUCAAUCACAACCUUUUGCCUGGAAACGCAUGAGGCUUUCAAUACUAUUAUAAAUAAAACUGAGCAGGUUGUCAAUGGAACAGAAACUGUACCACAGUAUGAAAUAGAGACAGAUCCUGCCCUAACCUAUGUGGAAGGAGUCUGCGUAGUAUGGUUUACAUUUGAAUUUUUAGUGCGUGUUAUUUUUUCCCCCAACAAACUUGAAUUCAUUAAAAACCUCUUGAAUAUCAUUGACUUUGUGGCCAUCCUGCCCUUUUACCUAGAAGUGGGUCUGAGUGGGCUCUCCUCCAAAGCUGCAAAGGAUGUACUUGGUUUCCUCAGGGUAGUAAGGUUUGUGAGGAUCCUGCGAAUCUUCAAGCUCACGCGGCACUUUGUGGGCCUCAGGGUGCUGGGCCACACUCUGAGAGCCAGCACCAAUGAAUUUUUGCUGCUGAUAAUAUUCUUGGCACUUGGUGUUUUGAUAUUUGCCACCAUGAUCUACUACGCAGAGCGUGUGGGAGCUCAGCCCAAUGAUCCGUCAGCAAGCGAGCACACACAGUUCAAAAAUAUCCCUAUUGGCUUCUGGUGGGCUGUAGUCACCAUGACCACCCUGGGAUAUGGGGACAUGUAUCCACGGACUUGGUCAGGUAUGCUGGUGGGAGCCCUGUGUGCGUUAGCAGGAGUGCUCACCAUAGCCAUGCCUGUGCCUGUGAUUGUUAACAACUUUGGGAUGUACUACUCCCUGGCCAUGGCAAAGCAGAAACUGCCGAGGAAGAGGAAGAAGCAUAUCCCUCCUGCUCCUCAAGCUAGCUCUCCCACCUUCUGCAAGACAGACUUGAACAUGGCCUGCAAUAGCACACAGGGGGACAUCUGCCUGGGCAAGGACAACCAGUUGAUGGAGCACAACAGAUCAUCAGCAGCCACUGUGUCCCACUCUGUUGGACUCCAUGGUGUUUUGCCUCAGUGUUUGUCUCUUGUGUCAGCUUUGCCUGUGCCACAUCGUGGCCUGUUAAGCAAGAUCCUACAAAGAAGCAGUCAUUUAAAAGGAGCAGUGUUAUCAGGUGAAGACAGUGCAGGAAGUGAGCAGCCACUCUCACCUGGUGAAAGGCUCCCUCCCAUCAGACGCUCUAGUACCAGAGACAAAAACAGAAGAGGGGGAACAUGUUUCCUACUGACAACAGGGGAUUACACGUGUGCUACUGAUGGAGGGAUCAGGAAAGAUAACUGCAAAGAGGUUGUCAUUACUGGUUACACGCAAGCAGAAGCCAGAAAUCUUUCUUAAUGGCUUGGGGAAGGCACAAAACAUGCAAGAAAGAUACUUAAAUAUAUUUUUCAAGUGCAAGUUAAUAUUAUAUAUAGACUAACUCAGAGUAAGCACUCUGAAGAAUUUUAGAGUGAGACUUAGAAACAACUUUGCAAUGCUGACCAGUUGCCUAUUGCAUCAGUCCUCCUCCUAGCAACCAGCAUUCCUUACAGUUCUGAAACUGUAUCUCCUCUGGUGGCUUUUUCAUUCAAUACAAAUCUGUGUUUAUGCAACGGGACAAAUGCAAAAUGGCACAUUUGAUGUACUGGGCUGGUGAGGGACUAUUACCCUAAAAUACAGAAUUUUAGAAUUACAUGGGGAGACUGUAACUACCCAAAUAGCAAGAGAUCCUUGAGAUUGUUGAAUAAUCCCUGACUGUCAUGUUUUAUUUAUUUAUUUUUUUUUGUUAGGACAAGAACUAAAAAUUAUUGUUAACCAUGUAACAUGUUCUUCUGUAUAUAGCCUAGCCCAACAGCAUGACCUGCAUGACAAAAUUCUUGUACAAUAAUAUAUUUAUCAGAGCAUACAUUUCUGAUAUUUAGAGAUGUACAUUAACUUAGUUUUGGUAAAAUAUUGUCAAUAGAGAGAUAAUUGAUAACAGCUUUUAGCAAAGGAAUUAAUAUAAUAUUUGGUGCUGCUGUUAUAUUAACUACAGUGUUGUACAGAAUUUAUCAUGGAUUUUUGACUGCUGAAAAAGGGACAAUGGAAUUUAGCCAUACCAAGGACUGUACUGGAAAGAGACUGCUGCUGCUGAAUGGGCCCUGAUAAACAGCUCACGCCUUGAGGAGGUCGCUGAGGCUUUACAUGGGAAGUAGAGCUCGUUAAAGAAGAUUAAAGACUGCUCAUAAUUACUGCUGCCAGAGGAAGGGGUGAUUAGUCACUGUUGAUGAGUCAGCUGUAAAUAAAACGUGUGUGCAUGGAAUAUCAGUUUUUAUCUAUAUCAAGGAAAGCUGAAUUAAAGUCAUCAUUGCUAAGGCUCCAUGCAAAGACCCACACCCCUGUGCGUAUUAUUCCUGGUUCCUGCAGUAAGUUGUGCUGUGGAUCAUACAAAGACACACACUUAAUAAUGAUAGUGAUGUAAACUGCAUCCGUCUUGACUUCUGUCAUAACAGUGGUAUUAUUUGCAAAGCUCACAAAUAUGAUCUGAGUAGGUUUGCAUAAGUUCUUGCUUUCUCAGUUUGCCAUAAGCUGUAUUUGUAUGAAUUCUAGUGUACAUGCCAAGUCCUAAGUUUACUUUUCACUUUAAUAAGAUAAAUGUGAUUGCAGACAGACAUCACUAACUUUGUUCACAGCACACAGUCUUCUUUCAUUGUUACCUCAGACUUUAAGUAUUAUGAGAAAUAAAAUUCUGGCAGCAAGAGUAUUAUGUUUUUUUGUUUUUUGUUUUUUCUUUUUAAUUAAAAAUGUUUCAAACCCAACAUCAAUAAAUAUAAAAGAUGUAUUAAAAUUAUAUCUUAAAAAUGUAUAUUUUACAUAAAAAAGAUAUUCUUUGAUCAGCUACUUUCUGUAAUUUUUGUGGUAAAUGGAUCUAGUCUAUUCUAUGUUUAUGAAGCUUUGUAGUGCUACAAUGUGGUAAUUAUGUUCUCUCCACCCUAUUCAGUGAGAAAUUCUCCAGAAUCUGUUUUGUCACCCUGGUGUCCCAAUUGUAGGGACCUGUCCCAGUUGUGAAACUCUGUAUUGUGGAACUUCUGUGAACAUGUCAAGGUGCAUGCACAAUCCUGGUGGAAACCAGUGGCAAUGUAAUAUCUGAAUUGGAGAAUAAAAGGCAAAAGACCUGGGGAGGAACUUGGAACAUA